AUGGCCCCGAAAUCACUCGAGUUGACUCCAUCUGGAUUUCACUUCUUCCAGUCCCAGCUCGUCAAGCCCGUCCCUACCCCAAAGGGCACUUCUCUCGCCGACCAAACGGCCAUCGUCACGGGCUCAAACGGCGGCCUCGGGUUCCAGUGCGCCCUGAGUCUGCUGGGCCUGGGCCUCUCACGUCUAAUCAUGGCUGUGCGGACGCCGUCGAAGGGCGACGAUGCCGCUGCUAAGUUGAGGCAAAAGUUCCCGUCGGCCACUGUUGAGGUCUGGCAGGUCGAUAUGCUCUCGUACGAAAGCAUCCAAGCAUUCGCGGCCAAGUGUGAGACGCUAGAUCGGAUCGACUUUGCCAUCCUCAAUGCGGGCGCCAUCGAGGAGAAGUUCAAGUUGGGCCCGGAAGGACACGAGAUCAUGUUCCAGGUCAACUACCUCUCCACAGUUCUCCUCUCUUCUCUUCUUCUGCCCACGUUGAAACACAAAACUCCCUCCGGAAAACCAGGUCGUUUGACCAUCGUCAAUUCGGGCUCGGCACUUAUGCCCAAGUUCGCUAACGCGGCAUCUGACCCAUUCCUUCCGUACUACGACGAUGAGUCCAAAUUCGACCCGAUGGAUUCUUACACCAGUAGCAAAGCCCUCGGGCACUUCUGGAUCGUCAAACUGGCGGAGCGGGUGAGCGCUGACGACGUCGUGGUCAACUUGGUGGACCCCGGUUUGGUCAAGGGGACGAGUCUUCACCGAAAUCUCAACAUCGUCGUCAAGGCCAUCUUCACCGUCGUCAAGGCACUGACUGGUAGGACCAUGGAGCAGGGUGCAAGCACAUUUAUCGAUGCGGCGGUGGUGCGUGGGAAAGAGAGUCACGGGAGCAACGUGAUGGACUGGGAGCUUUUCCACUACAACAUGGCAGUCUACGGCCCUGGUGGAGAAAAGCUGAGAGAUCGGAUUUGGAGCGAAACCAUGUCGGCACUGGCGUUUGUGGAUAUUGAUGGAAUUCUCGACUCGCUGUCUCGACGAACCUCGUAGUAUCAAGGAAAGAAGAUCACUGUUGGGGAUAUAUUGGUGUAUUCAAUCGAGG